ACCGACUGGUCAGUCAACCAACAUCUUGUGACUCGGAGUAACGUACACCCAAAAGUCAUCAGAGGGGAUUUAUCUGUAAUUAAUUAACAACCCCCACCCCGUUUUCCAUAGUCUUCUUUUAACAGUCGUUUUCCCGAGACAAAAGAACUUUUUUAAACAAGAAAACUUUAGUCUUUAGUGGAAGGAAAAGUCUCCUUCGUCAGUCUGAAUACUACUGCCGAAACCAGUGCUUGCGAAUCUACAAAAAUGUCUACACAAAUCACACCCUCUUGUACGUCACUCCAGGAAACUUCAACUGAUUCCAUGGGCGAACCUUGUCAUCCUGCUAAGGAACAAACUUCUGUUGAGCAGAUGGAUGUGGGGUCUUCCAGCUGUAGUGAAAAAUCUGUGUGCACUUUUUACCUGGAGGGAAAGUGUCGUUUUGGAGAGAAUUGCUUCAAUCUCCAUCCAGAAGGCGUUGCGGUGGAGGAGAAACGAAGUUCUCCGAAGGAAGAAAGGAAGAAGAAAAAUGGAAAAAUGAAAAGAACUCAUCUUAAGACAGAAGAAAAAGAAGAACCUGGCAAGAAGCCAUCUAUGAAGACAGCCGGGGACGUCAGAAAGAGAAUCCAGUGGGAUUCCGAUCUCAGGAAGGAGUAUUUCGUGGUGGGCUACCUGGAUCGAUUCGCUGGUGUUGUCGAGAAGCCUUUCACUGCGUUCACUUGGGAACAUUUAGCUACAGUAGGUAUUGACCAGCUGGCCAUUCCACAACACAGAAUUCAGUAUUUUAAAUACAGAGGAGUUAAAGUCUGGGACAAAAAUGAAAGACUAGACAAUGUUUUCGGAAGCACUGGCAGCAACAUCACUAUCCAGGAUGUUAUGCAGGAAGUUGACGAAGAGUUCGAGAGGAAGAGACAGACUUACGAUUCUGAUGAUUCUGAUUCAGACGACGAAGACAUUGUCAUCUGCACAGGAGACACAUCUGCGAUCAAAGAAGCAGUUCAGACUCAGAAACAAGAAUACGACCAACUCAGAGCUUCCCACUUCCUCUGCAUUCGAGUGUAUAAUGAUGAGUUAAAGAAUAUUGCAUUAGAAGUUCAGGAAAGCAUUAUAGAACAAGAGCCAGUACUGAGGAACUGUGCAAUGCCUACCGAACUCUUACAUGUCACUCUAGCUAUGAUUCGCAUUGAUGACCCAGAGGCAAUGUUAAAACUCAUCGAACUUUUGCAAGAUCUUCGUCCAAAGCUUCAAGAAAUGGUGGCAGAUCAGCAGCAAAGCCAGAUUCUUGCUAAAGGUUUGUCUACCUUUGGGGCGCGAGUUCUUUACUGUAAGUUGCAGGUGCCCGAAGCAUUUUCAAGUAUUGUGGAGACGCUACACCAGUCUUUGGAGAAGAUCGAGGGAGUGGUCAUCACAAAUCACUUCGACUUUGUUCCUCACAUGACACUGAUGAAAGUGAACCGCGUCAUUGCUCGUGAAAGGAGAAGCAAGUACCUUAACUCCAUCCUCUACAGUGACCACAUAGAUAAGGAAUUUGGAUUCAUUCCCAUCAAUAAUAUCAACCUUUGUAUUAUUGAUGACAGGAGAGGAUAUGACGGCUUUUAUCUUACUUGUCAAAAAAUCGAGUUAUAAUUUAUUUCUUUUCUGAGUAACGUAAGUGCAAACUUUGUGUGAUGAGGUUAUGUACGACUCUGACGAUGUAAAACGACUUGUCUGCAAAGAUGUAUUCUUUUUCUUAUAAAUAUUUUACUGUUUUCUGAAUACCUUAUCUUUGGGGCUUUUGCAAUCAUUGGUUUGAGUGCUUACUUUAAUAGAGGAGUCUGUUAUCACAACUGUCUCUGUGAAACAUGUCAAAGAUAAGAAAUGCAUUUCAAACACUUGUCCAUCGAGAAUUAUUCUAAUAAUUUGUUAGAGAUAUCUGCUACAAAGAAAAAAUAUUUGUAGCAAACUCUUCCAUUUUUAACGGGACCAAUAACGCUUGGUAGAAGUUUUGAGAUGUUCUUUCGGUCUACAUUGUUCAAACGUAUAUAUAAUUAUAUAUAGUGAGUAGUAUUUUGUCAUUUGGCUCCUCAGAGAUGAUAAUGAAAUAUGAGACUUUUAUUAAAUAACUCACGCAAAUAUUUAAUUGCUUCUUGUGUGAUAUUAUUUUGGUGGAUAGAUUUAAGUUCUUUGUUGUCUCUUUCUUUCCGAAUUAGUAGAUUUAUUAUUUAUAAAUUUUGUCAUGCAUAGCCUUAUAUAACUAUUUCCAAUGUGUGUUGUAAUUUAUGAACUUUUACUGGCUCUCUAUUUCUGCUAGUCUUAUUUGUGUAUAAAAGUUUUUAAGAUAUGUGGGUAACGAACUCGAACAAAACUAUCCUCUAGUCAGUAAAAUGUGAAUUAAAACCAAAGAAAAUCACUUGCACGAGGCUAACGCUAAAAAGAACUUGUCUGUAAAGCAUUUACACAUGAAGUUUAUGUCUAAAAUGUUCAACUGUUGUAGACCGCUUUUAUUUAUUUUCCUAAUUUUAUCUAUUCAUAUAAAUUAUUAAAAUAAAAUUAUAUAAACUAAACCCGAUCUAACACCUAUUUUAUGAUUUUUUUAAGAAGCAAGAUAUUCCAUUUUUUUCUGCAAGAAUUAAACUUAGGUCAACAAGAACCUGUAAACCCCGGAACCACAGCUCACACUUCCUCUCGUAUCAGUUGAUUCAUAGUGCAACUGCGCGGUUUUCCUCCCGUUGCACCUUUCAAACCUUUUCACUGUCAAUUUCCGUUUCAGCGCUAAAUGGCCUCAGUGCUUGGCAUGUGUGCCAAAAAUCUGUAAAUCAGUCUACAGCUCACACUUGACUAUAAAUAAAUAUUAAAUUUUAGUUUCUCAAGAUGUAUUCUUCUUCCUUACACUUCUGAAAUAUCGAUAACUGAGGUGUAUGGCCCAUGAGAAUUUUACAAGACGUGGUAUAUUCACACAUUCCAUACCUGUAAUAUUUUCGUGUCAUGCUGUGAUGUAUUGAAAUAUUAUUUAUGUUACUGAGAGGCAAUACUCUUGUAAUCAUGUACCUUGCGUAUGUUUUGUAAGUCAGAGUAGUAUAAUAAAUAGUAUAGUUUA